AUAUAUUCAUCCAUCUUUACUUUAUUCUACUGUUUUAUGACUCUUUUCUGCUGCUAUUUAUUUGAAUUUCAUUCUAUUCCAUGGUGCAUUUUUUAUUUAAUUUCUAUUUUUUUCUGUUCUGUAACUAUAAUGAAUCUGUUUAUCUAAUCAGUCCUCUGCUUUAUUUAAUUUCCGUUCUGAAUUAAUUCUAUUGUGUUCUGACGGCAAUGAGGCUCUUUCUUGACGAGUUAUGAUGAGGUUUAUCAUCGUCUGUGAUGUCAUCGCGUGGUGGUCGAGGGUCACGUGUUUAAACAGAAACGGUUGCUAGGCGACUGACAUCAUCGGCUCUGGUCGUCUGUUUUAAUUACACUGCUGCAUAAUUAAGAUCUGCAGAUGUUCUUGGAGUGGGUUUGUGUAGAACAGCUCUGAAUUGUGCAGCAGAGGAUCAUGGGAUAGCUCUAUUCUUCAUGAGAUGCGCGUGAUUUAGCGCUCGGAGCGUCACACGUUAACAUCAGUGAUAUCAAUCAGCAGCUUCAGCAUGAAUUACCUGCGCAGGCGUCUGUCGGACAGCAGCUUCGUAGCCAACCUGCCCAACGGCUACAUGAUGGACCUGCAGAGAUCGUCCAGCUCCAGCAGCUCUCCAGCAUCACCGGCCACUGAGCGCCGCCCGCCGCCGCCGGCCCCGCAGACCCCCGCCCCCGCCCCGGCCCCCGCUCCGGCCCCCGCCCCCGCCCCCGCCCCCGCAGGGUUCCUCAGCUCCUUCUCCAGCGUGGUGAAGACGGCUCAGAUCGCCAGCGCCGUUCAUGCCAAAGCCUCCGCUCACGCCGACGCCGCUCCAGCCAAACCUGUCGUGCGCAAACCCAAAGUCCUGCUGGUCAUCGACGACCCGCACACAGACUGGGCGAAGUACUUCAGAGGAAGGAAGCUGAACGGAGAGUACGAGAUCCGUGUGGAGCAGGCCGAGUUCUCCGAGCUCAAUCUGGCGUCGUACGUGAACUCCGGCUGUACGGUGGACAUGCAGGCCAUCCGAGGAGGAACCAAAGUGGUCAGAUCGUUCAAGCCAGAUUUUGUGCUGGUUCGCCAGCACGCCUACAGCAUGACCCCGGGCGAGGACUUCAGGAACCUCGUGAUCGGCCUGCACUACGGCGCCGUUCCCAGCGUGAACUCGCUCUUCUCCAUCUAUAACUUCUGCAGCAAACCCUGGGUGUUCUCUCACAUGAUCAAGCUCUACCACACUCUGGGUCCGGAGAAGUUCCCGCUCAAUGAGCAAACCUUCUUCCCUAACCACACCCAGAUGCUGCCCACAGCAACAUUCCCAGUGGUGGUGAAGAUGGGACACGCCUAUGCCGGCAUGGGAAAGAUAAAGGUGGAGACGGCGAAUGACUUCCAGGACAUCACUAGUGUGGUGGCGAUCGCUAAAACCUACGCCACGGCCGAACCCUUCGUGGACUCCAAGUACGACAUCCGCAUCCAGAAGAUCGGCAGCAACUACAAAGCGUACAUGAGGACGUCCAUCUCUGGAAACUGGAAGGCCAACACGGGUUCAGCCAUGCUGGAGCAGAUCGCCAUGACGGACAGGUAUCGUGUGUGGGUGGACUCGUGUGCGGAGAUGUUCGGGGGUUUGGACAUCUGCGCUGUAAAAGCCGUCCACGGCAAAGACGGCAAGGACUAUAUCAUAGAGGUGAUGGACAGCUCGAUGCCUCUGAUUGGUGAGCACGUGGAAGAGGACCGUCAGCUGAUCUGUGAUCUGGUCAUGAGUAAGAUGGCGUUGGCUCUGCUGGGCGUCACCACACCGCAGACGUGCACUAAGACUCAACCCGGACCGCAGACGACUCAGCCGAGACGAGCUCCAGGUGGUCCUCGCUCGUCUGAGUCGGGUCAAGCGUCGCCCCAGCGCGCCCGAUCUGCCACUACCUCGCCCAGUCAGGCCUUCCAGCCCGGUCCGAUUCCCUCCAGCGGCGCCGGCUCACAGAAACAACCUGCGCAGCUCAACAUCCCUUAUUUCCCGCUCCUGUCAUCAGUGAUUCUGAACUGGUGUGUGUCGCUGUUUCUUCCAGUAAAUCCCAGUCGCUCACCAACACCUUCAGCGAGACGCUGCGUGGAAACGUCACGGACGACGAGGCCAAAGCAGAAACCAUCCGCAGCCUCCGCCAGUCCUUCGCCAGCCUGUUCUCUGACUAACACACACACACACACACACACACACACACACACACACACACACACACACACACACACACACACACACACUCGUGUUGGUCUGACGUCUGUGUGUGUUUGAGAAGUCAAAGUUCAUUCGGUUGUGUCGCAUCUUUGUUAAUCUGCCGUCAGACAAACGUGUGUGUGAACGAAAGUCUUUGAUGUUUUGUUUUUAAGACCUGAUGAACCAGCGGCUCUCCAGCAGGGGGCGGGGCCACGAGAGCGCCUCCACAUGACCUAAAAUAACACCACAUGACUUAAAAAAGCUGAAAAUCAAGAUGAAAACUGACAUUGUGUUUCACAUUUUUUUCCUUUAACAACAAUCAUAUUUAUUGAAGGACCAGGAUGCAUCUGAUGCUCUUGGAAAUUAAUUGAAAUCAAUUUCUAUAUAUUUCCAUUUCUGUGUCAAGCUCUAAAAUAUUUAUUAUAGCUGCUGAAAAUGGACAUUUAACAAUUUUAGAAACAAACAGGAGAGUCGUAUAAAUUCAUUAUUGAAUCCUGAAGAACAUUCAGCUUCUUGAAUCUUAUGAAAUCAUUUAUUUGUUUAUGAUUUUUAAAAAUAUUUAUUUUUAUAAUUUAUUUAUUUCUAGUUAUGUUGAACACAAGGAGCAAAUCUUGUAUAAUGAGGAGUCAGAAGAGUCGAGAGCCGCUGUGAUGGUUUGAUUUGUGUUCAGUGAUUCGCUGUGAAUCAAAUCGGAGUGAAUCGUUCCUGCAGAUUCACUCUCUCUUCCAGUCCGAGCGUGUCUAAAGCCAUCGUCAGAUCUGAUGCAAACGUGUAUCGAGCAGCAAUAUUCCCGUGUAGGAAUAGAGCUCCGUCUUCCACCUCCGAUCAAUCUUCCCUUUACGAACUUGAGUUUCUGUCUGUUCUUCUACUCUAUUCUCUGGACGUCACGUCUCUGCAUGAAUAAUGUGCAUUUCAUUUCAUAUAAAGCAAUGAAGGAGAAGAAAAUCCUGGAAUUCUUGAUUCACUGAAAUGAAAAAAACACUCUACUGUUUAAAUCAGUUCAACGAACCGAACACGUCAAAUUCUGAUGUUUAUGGAAGCCCAAAAAAUCAUGCUUUCUUUAACCAUAACAUAAAUUAUGACAUAAAAAGUCGAAAUUAUGAAUACUAAGUUAUAAUGAUGAUAUUAAAAAUAAAAUUGGUGACUUAAAAUGUCAAAUAUGACAUGACUGAAAGUCAUAAUUUUCACCUUUUAUCUCAUAAUUAUGAUGUAGUAUGCCAUCAUUUGAUUUUAUCUCAUAAUUUAACAUUUUGAUUUAGUAUGUCAUAAUUGAAACUUUUUAUGUUUUCAACUUUUUAACUCAUA